AUGGCCUCAGAAUCUCCUGGAUCGUCAAAGUCAUCCCGCAUUUCUACUUCAUCCACCACGCCGAAUACGCAAUGUACACAACAACGUCGGCCACCUAUAAUUGUUUCCUCAGAGACGGAAUCGGAGCCAGAGACUAUCAGAAAAGCGCAAGUUACCAGUGGUCCUGGGGCGAGCUCUCCCACGUUGGAGCCAGAAAACGCGAACUCUGUAUCACAGCCCUCUUCUCUAAAAACAGAUUUGUCAACCGCUUCAGAGGACUUGGAGGAAUGGGUGAGAAUAGAGCAAGAUUGGGGUUCAGCUUCGGAGCCGGACGACGCAGGCUCUGGAUUUGAAUCUGGUGAUAGCGGGCGAAUCCGCGGAAACUCUGGAUUUACGCCCUUGGAGGAAAUUGUGACUGCCGCGGUGCCAACUCCGCCCCCCCUUAGUGAUGAGGAUAGUGAGUCCAGUCUCGAUUCACAACAUGAUGGUUACGUAGAUAGCGGAGGAGAUGAACAUGGAGGAGAUGAUGGGGGAGGUGAGGAAGAGCACUAUGAACCUGCGGAAGAGGCAAGUCCUCGAGCUUACUCUUUGGGGUUGACAUAUGAUAAUGGUGACCAUGGGAUCACAGACCCUUCUCAAGCGGGCGAGACCGCUCCCCAGAUCACCGAGGAUGAUGUUUACCGGAAAAGCAAGGCAGGGUUUUCUUUGCCCAAUACUCCUACCAGUGAGGCAUUAGGCUCGAGCUCGGAUGCUAGUGAUUCCACCGAGAACACUGAGGAAGAGUCUGAUCAAAAACCAGCGCCUAAACGCGGCACUCCUGGAAGAAGACGUGGGCAGCAGAUCGAUAGAUUCAACCCGGAAUACGUGACGGAGCUUAAUGACGCCAUAUUUUCAGCAAACUCACAAGAGCUAUGCUCUAAUGGCCUUGGGGUCCUACGAGGAUCGUGGGUCGUUGGUUCUUGGUGGAAUCAUACAGAGAAGCACAAAUUCUUCAAUUUAAUAGCUAGAAUUGGAAGACACGACGUUCUUGCUCUCGCAAACCAUAUGAAGACAAAGAGCAUUGUGGAAUGUCGUACAUAUUUAAAACUUCUAAAUCAGGCAGUGGUGGAGGCGAAUGAGAAUCUUUUAUACAAAGGGGGGAGACUGCCAAGAAUGACCGACAUACCGGCAGCUGUAGAGAUCUCGGACGAGUGCGCAGAGGCCCUGGAGGAGGAGGCACAGCUCUUGGAAAAUCGAACGGUGGCUGACGAGCAGAGAAGGGAGAAGAAUAAGUGGGGAAAAUUCUGGCUGUUGGAUAACAACACCUCUGAACACAUUGAAGAUCUAUACGAGCGUUACGAGGAUGGCACCAAUGAGGAGGGCCUUGAAAAGAUUAAAAGCUGGCAAACCUUAGGUGACCAACCCCCCUCGAUCCGAUACACUGCCUUCAUCGAUAUACAUACUCUGGUCGUUGGCUUUACAAGAAAACUCGUAUCAGCAUCCAUUUUCAUGGCGCAUUCACGGCUUAGAUCCACCAACAGCAGAAUACUCAGAUCUAGUAAGGAAUCUGAUGUGAGACCAUCUGACGUAGAAGCGGCUACCAACACUCUGGGACUCGCUCCUAACAUGAAGGAGUACUGGGCCAAGGUUCCGCGAAGACUAAGUCUAGAUGUCCUUGAGAGCAGGUUCUACAUUCUCGAUGGCAGAAAAAACGUUCUAACUCCAUUAGAUGAGGUAGAGCGUUUCAUGCGCUCUGAGGAAACUUUUCGAACACGUCCAGCGGCCAAGGAGAAGCUAGGAGCAUCCGACCAAGAGGGGUCAGCUCAGGAAGGGGGAAAGGAAGAGGGAACAACCCACGCUGAUUCCGAAGUUGAAGGUGAAAAUGACAACUCCGACAACUCCACCCAAACACCAGUCUUUGCCAAUUCCAACCAAACCUCAUCACCACCCUCAGACAGCGAUUCAGACGACGACGGAACCUUACGGGACGAAGAUGGCAAAGAGGGCGACGACUUUAUAAUUCUGAACCCGGACGUAGACCACGAGCCAAACAAAAUCCGUAAGCGCCUCGACCGCGAGUACCAAGUAUACGCGGACCAAGAAGAAUCCUACCUCGAAUCGCGCGAUCAGCGGGACUCUCAAGAGGAGGAGCGACGCCUCUGGCAACUCCUCGGGAAGCAGCUGGAGCGGCCAAUCCUGGAGGGGUUGCCAAAGGUGCUCGCGAUGCCGAAGGGGCGUCGCAAGCGGCCGGCCGACAUUCACGAUUGGACUGAUGACGUCGAGUACUACGCGCCCUGGGAGACCAACAAGAAGCGCAGAAUUGAAAACGUGGGGGUGAUCACUAGUGAGUCGACGCCUAGGACGGUUUUGAGGUCGGGUAGUGCUACCUCCGUGGGUCCGGGCGGGAAGAGGGAGGAGGAGGAGGGUAGCAGUAAGAACAGUGGGCCAAGACUAAAGGCAAUCAGUAAGACCGAGGGCGUACGGUUGAGCAAGUUGGCGAGGGCCCCGCGCAGCCCGAGUUUCUCUUCUGGGUAUACUUCUGCCCUCGAGAGCAUACCUACCGAGAGUAGUGACGAGGAGACCGACUAUGAGCCAGAGGGUGGUGCCUCUUAGGAGGAGGUUUAGGAGCAGCAGUUCGAAUAAUCGCCGUCCGGGGGAGUUCGUGGUGGUCAUUUCUAUUACUUUUUUAUGAUUAGGGCGGUGUUCCAUCCCCUCGUGCCAUGUAUUACUGUAAGCAUAUUUCUUCUGUUGAGAUUAGAGGCAUUUUUCUUGGUGUUUUCUGGGGAUAAUUUUUUGCUAUAAAUAUUAUUAUCAUGGAGGGAAGGCCUAUUUGUUUUAAACGCAAUGUUAAUACCUAGUUCUGUGAGGC